AUGCCCGUCGUCCAAGGACAUUGCGAUGAAAAGUUCCGCGAGGUCCAAGACCUGCUGCAGAAAUACAUUGAUUUGGGCGAAGAGCUGGGAGCAUCUGUCGCCGUCAAUUGGGACGGAAAAGAUGUGGUUAAUAUCUGGGGUGGCUACGCCGACCAGGACCAAAAGCGGCGAUGGGAAAAGGAUACCAUCACCAACCUCUUCUCAACCACCAAAACUGUCGCCGCUCUCGCUGUCCUCAUCCUUGUUGAUCGAGGUUUGCUCGGCGUGAAUGACAAAGUAGUCAAGUACUGGCCAGAGUUUGCGGCGAAUGGGAAGCAAGACAUUGAGAUCCGCCACGUCCUCUCUCACACUUCUGGCGUGGCUGGCUUCGACACUCCUUUGACCGUCGAGGACAUUUGUGACUCAGCCAAAGUCACCGCACUGUUGGCCGAGCAGGCACCGUGGUGGCAACCUGGUACGGCUUCUGGCUAUCAUUCAUUCACCCAAGGCUACUUGAUCGCCGAGAUUGUCCGGCGAGUAACAGGUAAAUCACUCAAACAAUUCAUCGCCGAAGAUAUUGCCGCCCCCCUCGGUGCCGAUUUCCAGCUGGGAUGUUCAGAUAGAGACGAAACCCGCAGGUCGAAUGUCAUCCCGCCGCCACCAGCAGGACCCCCCGCCUUCGACCCUGCCUCGAUCAGGUUUCGAGUCAUGACCAACCCGGCCAUGAGAGCCGAGUUCGCAAACAGUGAGCUAUUCAGAAAAGCAGAAAUCGGGGCGGGGAACGGGCACAGCAACGCCCAUGGGGUCAACCGCAUCUUGUCUGUCAUUUCUAUGAAUGGCCAGGUCGACGGCAAACAGUUUAUAUCCCCAGAGACCAUCGACCUCAUCUUCCAAGAACAGUCAAAUGGGAUGGACCACGUGCUUGCCUUUGGAGCACCCAUCCGCUGGGGCAUUGGCUUCGCUCUGCCCACCAAAGGGACCUGGAUUGACUGGCUGCCUACGGGAAAAGUAUGUACCUGGGGCGGAUACGGUGGUUCGAUGGCGGUGAUGGACCUGGACCGCAAGCUGACCAUUUCGUACGUCAUGAACAAGAUGGACAAUGUUGGACUGGGCUCGGACAAGGCCAGGGAUUAUAUUGCAGCGGUGUAUAAAGCCAUGGGGGUGUCUUGA